AUGCAAACGAAACCUUCAAAGAACGGGCUCUUAUCUGGUGGUCAUGAUCGGAGUGCGCAGCCAGGGACCCUGUCCGCAACUUGCUGUUCUUGCCUGGACAUGCAUGCGGCGCGCAAUAUGCUUCAGCUCCCUUGCAGGGACGAUGGCGAUGUUGAAGCACAUGCAUACUGCCGCGAAUGUCUCACUCGCCUUUUCGAGUGCUCUAUAACAGAUACUUCGCACUUCCCACCCCGAUGCUGUUCUAAGAUCAUACCGAUCUUCAAUUGCAUUCCAUUCUUACCAUCAGCAGUCUUCUCUAGAUUCGUGGCUAAGAGAGAAGAGUUAGAGAUGGCGGAUCGCACAUAUUGCAGCAACAGGACAUGCUCGAACUGGAUCCGACCUGCCAGCAUUGUAGCAGACAUAGCUACGUGCGCAGAGUGUGCUCAGAAAACGUGUGUUACGUGCAAAAACGAGCGACAUGAUGGUCUCUGUUCAGAGGAUAAGGAUGUCAAAAAGCUCAUGCGCAUUGCCAAAGCCAAGCGUUGGAAGACAUGCCCAAAGUGCAAAGAGAUGGUUGAGCUUGAGCGAGGCUGCUUCCACAUCAAGUGCCGCUGCCAAUACGAGUUCUGCUAUACAUGUCUAGCCAAGUGGCGAACAUGCAAAUGUCCACUCUGGGAUGAGCGUAGAAUCGUUGAUCGUCAUAUUCCCGCAAACAACGCCCCUCAAAAUGUUGUCAACCUUGCCAAUGCUGUUCCACCCAUCCCUGUGGCCCGCCCGAAUCCUCUUCCUGCUCAGCCAACCGUACGCGCUGCUCAGCCUCAGCCUCAAGUUCCGGCUCAACCUGCAGUUCACGUCCAUAAGUUCGAGCGGUAUUAUCUUAGUGAAGGGCACGAUACAAUAUGUGAUCGCUGUGGCUUCAUGGACAAAUGGGCCGACAGCUGCCAGGGUUGUGACCUGACAAUCUGUCGACUCUGCACAAAACAUCGCCUCGGAAGGGGGACUGAGUCAUGA